AUGAGUGAGGAAAUUAUAAUUUGGUUUACCAUGGAUGUAACUCCAACUUAUUCUCCAACAAUAAGACCUCAUUUGCAACAACAGGCAGUACCUCCUUUUAUUUCUAGUCAUGAUUUUGGUGGACCAUCUCCAUUGUCAUCACCAUCGAUGUUGUCCUUAACGCCAACAGCCGCCACCACUCCAAUUCCACCAGUAUUCCUUCUAAAUAUAAAUACACAACCAACCCCUGCAUUUGUUCAUGUAGUCGAUGCUCAGCCACCUGUAAUUCAAUUCCAACUUCAGCCUAAUAAUAAUAAUAAUACAAAUACACAUACAAAUACAAAUACAAAUACAAAUAAUAAUAAUAAUAAUAAUACUUUAAAUACUAAUAAUAACAAUACAAAUAUAAAUAAUAAUAAUAAUAAUAAUAAUAAUAAUAAUAGUAACAAUAAUAAUAAUAAUAGUGGAAGUAUAUCACCUACACCUACACCCAAUAGUUUAAGUGUACCAUCAACGCCAUCAGUGACACCACUUUCAGGAAAUCUGAGUAAUUUUACAAUCAAUUCACCAGCAACGUCGACCACAACUACAGCCUCUGCAACAACAACUACAUCACAAAAUCAAUCAGGUGUUUUACGUAGAAUUGCUGUUAGUAACAAUGUACAAAGAUCAAACUUGACAAUAGAAGAUGAACAAGUCGUACCAAGAGAUUCAAAUUCACCUCUAAUAGCAUCAUGCAAAAAGAGGAGAAUAUAA